AUGACCCAAGAAAAGAUACAUGAUGUUAUUGAAAGAGCGUUGGAGCUAAUCUUACUAGGUUCACAACCUCGUAAAACAAAUGAUUUAUUAAUGGACCAAGUCUUAGAUUUAUAUUACAGGCUGCAUUUCCAUAUUUUGAUAUUAAAUGACAGUAAUAAUCAAGAUUACAAUAAUGUUUUUAGUGUCAUUUUAUCUGAAACCAUGCGCUUAUUUGACGAAUUUUCUCACGAUACCGUCACUAUCACCAAUGACUCAAAAUUAAACCAAUUACCGAGAAUAAUUUUAACCAAUAUCCUAGGUAUAUGCCACUUUUAUUUGAAUCAACCAAAACAAAGCUUUGAUUAUUUAUCCGACACCAAUCGUAAUAUUGAUUCAAAAGGCCUAACAAGAAUUUUUCUUAGGUUUAAAAGAUUGUUAGAUUUAGAAAAGUUUUAUUAUUUGUCAAAGCUACAAAAAAAUACAUCAUCUACAAAUAAUAAUGACGGAAUUUUUAAUGAUAUUCCAUUGAGAACUGAUUCAAUGAGUUUGUUCUAUUUCAAUCGAAUUUUGCUUGACUACCCACUGAAAGUGAGCACUAACAAUCUUAUUUCGGUUUACAACGGCGUAUUAAACACAACUAUUAAAGAAUCGCAACUAUUGGAGGUUGGACACUCAAUAAUAAAAAAUAUAGAGUUCCCUCAGGCGAAUCAAUCAAACGACCAUAAAUUAGAACUUUUUUUUGAAAUAUUAGGUGACUUUUUCGAAAAAACUGACAACAUCACCAAGGGUAAAGACUGGGAAGCCUUUUUUAUUGCUGGAUAUGAAAAGACUUUCCAUAGUAUUAGUAUCUCAUACGCAGCAACGAUUUUUUAUGGUAAAUUCACUGAUACAGGCACCAACACUAUUCAUGAUGGGAAAAAGAGAUCUGAACUGAGUUUUGUGAAUUUUUUGACAUACAAUAAGAAAUAUUACGAACUAAAUGAAAGAAAAUACUUGGAUAUUGUAGCAAUAAUUAAUUUGUAUAAGUUUGUUUUGGGUAAUACAACAAUUUUUAGUAAAGAAGAAACAAAACGCAAAUAUUCUUUACAAUUAUAUGAUUUAUUGUGUGAUUUCUACGAAUACUACAACUUAGAAUUAAUAACUGCUGCUACAACUCACCAAGAGGAUGAAGUUGGCGAACUAAAACUCAGAUCAGAAUACAUUGUUUUGCCAGUUUUGUUAUCUUUAAUUCUAAUAUCUUCCUGGCGUUCACUUUAUUUUAUAUUCUUCAAUGAUGUAGAUUCAUUUAUAUCUAAAACACUAUUGGCCUACUUGGGGAAUGCUAUAUCUGUAUCUUCUGCCAUUGAAUCAAACCUAGACUUAUAUUUUGAGUAUGCGUACUGUCUAGCAAGACAGCAAUGCACCACAAGUUCAAUAAAGUUCCUAAAAACAAAAAUAUUGAAUAAAUAUCCGGAGCAUAGUUAUUCAAGCUGGCAUCUGUUAUGUCUGCUAGAAAGUGUCCAGGAAAACAAGGAAAAUUCUUUUAAAAUUGCCUGCUCUGUAUUGGAAGCCAUGAAGGAAGAGCAAAAUAAAUUAACUUACAGGGAUAAAUGGCAAUUUAUGCAGUUGAAAUUAACCCAGCUAAGCUUGGUUCAUGAAAUGUUUGGCGUCAAAGAUGCUUUGGAAAUGUUACCCGAAGUCUUUGAAUUAUAUUCUAGUCUCUUUAAUGAUGAUCAUUCAAAACAUUCCAUAAAACAUAGCAAAGAGUAUCUUUUACAAUACAUCUGGUUAUUUACUGCCAAUUUGUAUAUAAAAGAUGGUAGUGUACAAGAUGCCAAGGAAGCAGUAAAAGAGUCUGAAGCAGUUGAAGGUGCUGAUUUUAAGAAUUUAAAUCAUAAUAUAGCUAAGGGCUAUUUAAAAAAAUCGUUGGAUGAAUUUGAAGCAUGUUUUUAUCAUGAUCCGGUAAACACAGAGGCAUUGAUAGGAUUUGCUGAAUUGGCAUUUGAAACAGUUGAGGAUGCUAAGUGCGAUAAUUCCUUGAUUGCCAAUCUAUACUUAAGAUUAGAAACUUGCAUUAAGAAAAGUAUAGCUGGAUAUAUUUCGCCAGAAAUAUGGUGGUAUUUAUCGAAAAUAUAUGAAAAAUAUGAUGAUCCUUUGUCCUAUGAAAAUGCACUAUGGAAUUGUGUUAAAUUUGAAGAAGAAAGGCCUAUUCGUGAAUUAGAUUUUUGUAAGUAUUAA